AUGAAGACAUCAGAUAUCAUCUUGACAUGCCUCCUUAUCACCAUUCCACUCACUCAUCUCCUCGUCUCCCCAUACACUAAAGUUGAGGAGUCGUUCAACAUCCAAGCAGCACACGACAUCCUCACCUAUGGAACGCCCACCAAACAUGUUAAUUAUCGCCUCUCACACGCCUACGAUCAUUUCACUUUCCCCGGGGCUGUGCCUCGAACGUUUCUCGGUGCUGUGUUCCUCGCUGGUAUAGGGCAACCUAUUAUUGCUCUCGUCGGCUUCGAGCAUGCACAGCUCGUAGUGCGAGGACUGCUUGCUGCGGCAAAUGUUGCUGCCCUUUUGACAUUCAAGAACCUUUUGAAGAGAGCUUAUGGACAAGGUGUUUCGGCUUGGUGGGUUGUUUUCAUGGCCAGUCAGUUCCACAUCAAUUACUACCUUUCACGGACAUUGCCUAACAUGUAUGCCUUUGGUUUAACAACUCUCGCCUCUGCAUUUCUGUUACCACAGUCCUCGACUAAGCUCUCUUUCAUUCGCCAUAAGCAAGCGAUUGCCCUUCUCGUCAUUGCAGCAGCAGUCUUCCGGUCCGAAGUCGCUAUUCUCUUGGGCACCACAGGGCUUUACCUCCUUAUCACCGGCCGCAUCGCUCUAGGCUCAUUAAUUCUUGUCUUCUUCUCGUCUUUCUUCGCCUCUAUCUUUGUCUCAGUACCCAUCGAUUCAUACUUUUGGCAGAAGUGGUUAUGGCCUGAGCUCUGGGGCUUCUACUUCAACGCUAUUCUCGGAUCUUCGUCCGAAUGGGGUGUCUCUCCAUGGCACUAUUAUUUCACCUCGGCGCUGCCAAAGCUCAUGCUCAACCCCCUUGUGCCGGCUCUAAUCGCCUUUGCACUUCUCCAACCGGGUACUUCACGAGCUGCGCGGGCCCUGACGAUCCCCAACUUACUAUUUGUUGCUAUCUACUCUGCUCAGCCGCAUAAGGAGGCCCGCUUCAUCUUUUAUGUCGUUCCAUCCCUCACUGCUGCUGCUGCUCUUGGAGCUAACUACAUUUCCUCGCGAGCGCCCAAGAACAUUAUCUACCACGCCGCUUUUGUUAUCACAAUUGUAUUCACCCUGGCCAGCUUUGGGGCCAGCAUCGUUAUGCUCCUCAUCUCAUCCUUAAACUAUCCUGGUGGCGAUGCACUUCAGCAGUUGCAUUAUAUCACUCGCGAUGAUCCCACUCCCGUUAUGAACGUUCACGCCGAUGUGUUGACCUGCAUGACUGGACUUACACUCUUUGGACAGAACCCGUCUGGCUAUCCUCUUGCCUUUCCCAUAACCCCGGAGCCAGAUGCCACAUCUCCCGUAUUGCUUUUCGACAAGACGGAGCAGGAGGAAAAUCUUAGCAUGCCGCGUUUUUGGGAGCGUUUCGACUACGUUCUAGUCGAAGACCCACGCAAAGUGUUGGGUGGAUGGCAGGUUGUAGGAGUGGUAACAGGCUAUGACGGUAUUGAGUUCCUCAAACCAGGUUCUUCACCUGUAGGCGAUGAAAGUGAGGAGGGAAGGAUUGGUGACGAGAGGGUCCUUGGCCUGGGUGCUCACGUUGCGGUCUUGAGAAACAUCGUCAGGGGCUAUACGGGUGGUUGGUGGGUUGGACCUCGAAUGUCGCCCAAGAUCAGAAUCCUGAGGCGUGUUAGCUAG